AUGAUGCUAUAGGUACAUCUUUUAGGACGAACUUGUGUAUAUAUACAAGUACUGUGAGUGGAGAAGCGCAGUCAAACUUGGAACUUUCGUAAUUUCAGAUAAGAGAAAAAAAUAUGUGGCGAUUUAUCAUCCUUGGAGUUUUAAUAGCAGCAGCGACCGGGCAAUUUCAGGCACAACCAUCCGGUAGAAUUCUUGAACCACCAAUUCCUCCGCUCUGCGCUCAAAGAACAAUUCAUGAGAGAUUUAAUGGAAAAGGAUACUAUUAUUCUUGGGCAGAUCCAAGGACAGCUGGUCAAGAAGUUGACUGGUUAUCUGGAAGAAAUUUCUGUAGGCAACGUUGCAUGGACCUAAUUUCAUUGGAGACUUAUAAAGAAAAUGAAUUUAUUAAAAGUCGUAUAGUCCAAAACAAGGUCAAGUAUAUAUGGACUUCUGGACGUUUAUGUGACUUUAAUGGAUGCGAUCGUCCUGAUCUUCAACCAUUAAAUAUAAAUGGGUGGUUUUGGACUGCUGAAUUACAAAAACUUGCACCUACAACUGAUCGUAAUCAAAACGAUUGGUCUGAAAGUGGAGGCAUUGGUAAGCCUCAACCAGAUAAUCGUGAAGCAAUCCAGGGUGGAGCACCAGAAAAUUGUCUAGCAGUACUUAAUCAAUUUUACAACGAUGGAGUUAAUUGGCACGAUGUCGCUUGUCAUCAUAAGAAACCCUGGGUUUGCGAAGAAAAUGAUUCACUCCUUAAAUACGUUAGAUACACUAAUCCAAAUCUCAGAGUAUAAUCAUAAUUAAAUUUUAAAAAUAAUAAUAAACCUUAAUAAUGAUAA